AUGCCCAGACCAGUUGUGAUCUCCGGCCCCUCCGGUACCGGCAAGUCGACUCUUCUCAAAAAGCUCCUUGCUGAGUUCCCAGACAAGUUUGGUUUCUCCGUUUCCAACACCACAAGAUCUCCAAGAGCUGGCGAGAAGGACGGUGUGGACUACCACUUCACCACUGUGGAUGACUUCAAGAAGAUGAUUGAGGAAAAGAAGUUCAUCGAGUGGGCCCAGUUUUCGGGCAACUACUACGGCACGUCCAUCAAGGCCGUGGACGACGUGGCCCAGCAGAACAAAAUCUGUAUUUUGGACAUUGAUAUGCAAGGCGUCAAGGCUGUGAAGCAGUCGUCGCUUGACGCUCGUUACUUGUUUUUGAGUCCGCCUUCUAUUGACGUUUUGAAGGAGAGAUUGGCGGGGAGAGGCACUGAGACGGAGGACUCCAUUGCCAAGAGAAUCGCUGCUGCUGCUGCCGAGAUGGAGUACGCUGAAACCGGUGCUCACGACAAGGUUGUGGUGAACGACGAUCUUGAAAAGGCGUAUGUGGAGUUCAAGGACUUCAUUGUCCAGGAGUAG